AUGGGAAAUCAGUCAACAAAAUCACGCGACGCAAAAAUUGCGACAUCGCGCAGCCACAACGCGAUGCGCGUCGAGCACGACGUCAUUCCACGAUCAGCUUCUGCCAUCCCGCCUCCAGGUAUAUUUUUUUUAUUUUUUUCGUAGAAACGCGUGAAAUUUGUAAAUUAAAAAAAGAGAUGCUUUAGGAUUGAGCUUUUUUUUCUGUAAGCUUUAAGGAUCUAAUUUCUUGUUUUGAACCUUCUCCAAGGCUUUUGAAAAUCUUUGCGCUGAAAAAAACUUCUUUUUGUUGUGAAACCAUGUUAACUUGAAGCCUCAAUUCUGUUAUUUUUUGAGCCAAUUUCAUUAGAUUUUCAAGCUUCGUUCGGCACAAAAAACAAGUUUUUCUUUUCUUUUUGAUUUCAACUACACUAGCUUUUCGGCAACCUCAAAUUUUCUUUUCUUCUAACUGAAAAAUAUACGAUGAGAAAUAUAUUUUUGUCAAAAGUCAAAAAGAAGGUUUUUUGAAUUUUGAAUAGUUUUUAGAUCAGUACACACGAAAAACGAUUCGAUUUAAGUAAACUCUACUUUUUUUAUCUGAAAAGAAUCUAAAAAUCUAUCAAAAGCUUUCGACUAGGUUUUUUUUUAUUUCGAAAGACACUUGUCUCUGAAUUUCUUUUUGAAAUGUGGAUAUCUUUUCGAAAAUUCCGAUUUUUUGAAUAUUGUGAACGAGGGAUAGGAAGAACACGUUUUCAAAAUGAAAAAAUCCUCUCAACAUUUUUCUCAUCUACUAAUUUGUUAUGUAUACACCAUUCCCAGGAGUUUGAAACAAGUAAGGAAAUUCGAUGCGCUUCUCUUUCAAUAUAAAAUGAGCGGUGUGUCUCAAAUAUUCAUGAAACUUUCGUUUUAUGAGAAGAAUUUGGAGAAUGCGUUUCUAUUUCUUCUUUAAAUAGGAAAAAAAAGAAAAUGGGAAAAAAAGAGCUCAAACCCGGAACGACCCACACAAUCAAAAUUGCAUUAUGAUGAUGACCCGUCCUUUUCAAAUAAAAAUCAGCCGAAAAAUAAUAGGUUCAUAAAUAGGAGAGGGGAGAGAUGAGGAAGAGAAGAAUAAAAUGAGGGAUAGGUCCUUUCUUUCUUCUUUCAUUUUCAAUUUCGUCUCGCUUCCUUUUUUGUCCUUUUUUCCUGCACUUGAGCUCAACCUCAUCUCCAGCUCCUGAAUAUCUUCCUCUCCUUUUUCCUCUUCAUUCUCAAAGAAUAGAACUAAUUUCGAGACGCGCAGCAGUUAAUGUAUCGAAGAGAAUUUAGUGUGUAUUCAGGCCUUUUGCAUGGGAUUUUGAGACGUGAUUUUUAUUUUACGCUUUUUUUUGACCUUGUAGUUCCUUCAUCUGUUUCUUCAGCUAUUAACUUAUAGGCUCAAUUAUUAUUAAUGAUAUUGUAAAUAUUCUAGAGGAAUUGUGCGAAUAUAAAGUUUGUACAGUAACCUGAGAUUUUUUUUUUCCGCCUUUUAUUUCUUUUAUCAUUGUCCCAAAGUUUGAAGGAUUAGCAAAUUUUACAAGAGAUUCCCUGAAAAGACUUGCGAGAGUGUUCAAAAAAAGAAAAAGAGAAAGUUUUACAGUAACCCGUGCGUUUUUCGCAUCUCUUUAAACUCUAGUUUAAGUCAAGUUCGCAAAAAUGGAAAUGAAACGACUUGAAUAACAGUUUUGAAUGAGAAGAGGUUCCUACAGUAAUCUGGGCAUUUUUUCUGCAUUUCCUGCUCGCUUUCGUACAAAUGCAAGUACUACACUUCAACGUUAGUAAUUUUUUUUUGAAAAUCUACCGAUGAAGAUGUUCAAGUAUGAGUUAAAAAAUGAACUUGAAGUUUUCUCAAUGAAUCUCUGACCUUGUUAAAAUUAAUUUUUCGCAGAUUUGCGAAUUUUGAAAACCUGAAAGCGUCUACAAAGCCCGAUAUCUAUGUGAGAAAUAUUGAAUCUCAUUUUCAAUUUGAAAAAUAUAAGAAAAAUGAUUGAUAGAUAGGUUGAUUUUUUUUUCCAGCCACUUUUCUUCUACAUUUUCCGGACAAGGCCUUUUGCCAUGCGGCUAAUUGCUUGCGGCGGUUGCUCGCCCUUUGAUGGACGACCGCAAAUUUGUUAUUUUUGUUUGUUGCUCUCCGUGGGACUCCCGAAAAAGAAUGAGCAGAAAAGAGAGAACAAGUGCAGGAGCGCAAGGCUACAUAUGCCAAUUUCUUUUUAUUGGGUGGAGCAUUUUUUUUUUUUGAACUAGAAGGCUUAAAAUUCGAAAAAAUGGUUUUGAAAAAUCAUAGGGUGCGCGUUAUAAUCCAGAUUCACAUAUAUAUUUUUAACGUUCUAGUUCUUCCGAUCGUUAUGAUCCUCGAGUUCAAACUGAACACAUGAACGUUUUUUUAGAAGCCCCCAAAUUGUGCGAAAAAAAGUGCAAUUCAUUAAAAUAUGUAUUUUAUAAGUAUUAAGUAAAACUGAUAAGACUACAAGUAAUAAAAAAAGCUAGGUUUCAAAAAAACAAAACUUGUUUUUCAGGCAUUUUUAUAUUGUAUCAAAGUUGGAGCCAAAAUUUUCCACUUUUUUGAAUUCCAGCUCACAGAAAACAUAACCAAAGAAUACUCGGACAAGUGUGCUCCAUUGAGAAAAAAAUUGGAUCUCUUUGAAAAUAUGAAAUUUUUUUAUUUUUUUGACCUCAUCCACUGGUCUGAAUGUUCAAUGCUGAAUCUCGGGCUCAAAAAACUCUGAUCCGAAUCGUUUUCUUUUUCAGUCUCAGUGUCCUGAUUUCACAAUUUUUAAGCAUGACCUUACCUGAUAGUUUGAUAUUUGGCCAUUUUGGAGCACAGUUUUUGGAAGUGGAAACUUGGAAAGACGUAGAAACAACCUAUAACUAUGUACUCCAUUGAGAACAAACUAUUUUUGAAACACCUUUUUACACGCUUGUGCUCGAUCUAACCAUGAGCUGGACACUUUGAAGAACGCGAGUGUCCCCUGCACCUUGGCGUCGAGUCGUUGAGCGCGAGGCCGAGCAGCGAGUCCGACGAGUACUGCUCCGCGAGGACCUGCGACGACGACUUCUCGCCCGCGUCGCCGAAACCUCUUCAGCACUCGCGACAGAGUUCGUUUCACUGAAAAUUAACCAAGAUAACUUGUAUUUUUUUUUGUCUUUUUAGAAAACCUGCUAAUCAAUCAAUCUACUUACAGACGAACUUUUUCAACUAUCAGUUGAUUUUUCGAUAAAAGUUAGCUGAAGCCUCCCGAUCACAAAAAAGCGUUUCGAUUAUCGCUAUAGUCGAGUUAGGACGCUUCACAGCUUGCCAACUACUCAAAUUUUGGAGAGACAAAAACGGCUUCAAAGCUUCUGAAACGUCAUAACUCGACUAUAAAACCGAGAUUUUUUCCGUGUUAUGGAAUCGCGAGGUUGCGAGAACAUUGCUCUAAUGAUAAGCGUCUCUGAUUGGCUGGCAAGCCCCCUUGCAGUUAGAGCAUCUUUUGGGGCUGUUCAACCUUCACCCAGCACUGACAGUGUUAAUCCACCCCUCCGGGACUUACACGCUAAUUUUCAUGAGCUCUGCAAAGAGUGAUUAUUCUUGUUUCAACCUUCUCUAUCACAUUUGCAACUCAAAACGAACUAAUGAGAGCUCCCGUCAAUUACACUUUUUUUGAAACGUACUUUCCUGGGGAUCUGUGAAAUCUCGUGUUUGGGCCUUCAAAAAGUCAUUAUCAUGAGGCCUUCGACAAACAUUCUGUGGGCAAGACUACAAAUAUUUUCCGGAUUUGUAGGCGACGAUUCCAAGGAAAACUCCUCAGAGGAACAUUCGAUCGGCAGCGCUAGUCUGGACAUUGCCGACGCCGUCACGCCAAGAAGCCAGUACGAUCUUUUCUUUUGUAUCUUCGUUUCUCUUUUACAUUUUUUGACUUCUUAUUUUAAGAGGAGUGAAUUUAUAAAAAAGAAGGCCUCCAAAAGUUUUCGUAUAAAAAAAAGGAUGAGCGCUGAAGUUGAACCAUUAAAAAACUAAACUGAAAAAUUCUGGUCGUAUAGAUUUUCCGUUUGAAUGUUAAUCUCUAGUUUUUUAUCGAAAAAGUAGCAUGGCAUUUUCUGCAUCUUUUGCGCUCCAUGGUAAACCAAAACUUGAACAACUUCAAAUGCAGACUUCGCCAUACCAUGAGUAUCUCUGAAGCUGGUUUUUUUAACAACCCUCCGAAAUUUGGAACUGAAAAAAAGUUAAUUUGAGAAAAAAUCUUUCAGUCAGUUCUAAGAAAAAAAAAAGCCGUGGAGCGCGCAAGUUCAGAUACACAGCACCAAUAUUAGCUUUUUGCCUGAAUAUUUUCACUGAAGCUCAAAAUUUUCCAGCCUCCAAAAAGCUGGACAAAAAAUAGAAGAACAAGGCUUUUUGGCUCGGGAAACGGUUGUUUUGACCGACGAGCUCAAUUUUCCGCGCAAGCAGUGCUGCUGCUACGAAUUGGAAAUUUUAAUGGCUCCCCUCACACACACAUACACCCAUGGCGAAAAAAAAUUUCACCGCACAAACCAAAUUUUUUUCUUCUUCUCUUGUCUACUAGCGUUUUCCGGUUCAAAAAUGCUAUUUCAUUUUUUUGUUCAGAUCUCAAAUUUUUUGCAAGAGUUUACCUAAAAUUUCCAUUUAUUUUUUUCAAGAAACACUUAUGCAAUUUUCCGAGUCCGGUGAAAGAGAGAACUCAUUUCAAGAACGACGCAAUUAGCCCAAAGAGCCAAAUUUUAGAGCGGUUUUAGUUGGCCGUCUUUGAAAACUCCCGAAACUAUCAGAUAAGCCUUCGAGCAAAAAAAUAUAUAUAAAUACAUUCCAAAAGAUUUCAAAAGUUAUUUGACCACGAAGUUGACGGAAAAAGAAAAGUGACAUUAUCAAAAACUAAAAAGCUUAAAAAGCAAACUCAAAAAGAUUUCUUGAGAUUUUACUCAUAAAAGUUUCUUUUCAAAGCUCAUUGGCUUCUUCGAGAUGUAGAACACGAGAGAAAUCGGAAAAAUUCUUUUGUAUUUCAAAGAUAAUUAUUAUUGCUAUUCAGUUUAUCCAUAACGAGGUCAACAAGUUCGGGAAUGCAAAAAGACGAUCUGCCAAUGUCAAAAUACAAUUCUUCAAUCGCCAACAGCGAAAAAUGUACAUCAGAACUAUUUUCAAAGUAAAUAUAAGUUAUUUUGAACUUUCAGGUGUCCAAAAGAGCAACUCGACGAAAAGCGGAAAGAUGGGAGCGUUGAAAAAUCAAAAUUCGAAAGAAAAAGCCGCUUCAACGCAUUCAAACCGUAAGUUUUCAUAUUAGAACUACAGGUACAGGUACUAGGAAAUUUUGAAUUUGGAGAAUCUGAGCUUUCCGAUUGAUUUCAGAGCUUUUUCUUCAGAGAAAAUCUCCUCUACUUGAGAAAAAACAAGAAAAAGUUCGAAUUUCAAUCUAAACUUCUCAAAGCUAUUCAUAAAAGAGUAACCAAGCACCAAAUUUUUUUGAAAUCUUAUCUAAUUUUGAAAAAUUUACUUUGUAUUUUUUUCUGGAGACCUCGAAUUCGUCCAUAGAACCAAUUUCUUGAUGGUUAUGAUAUAGAAAAACUCACUUCUAGCUAACUUUUUUUCCGGAACUAUCGGAAAUUACUUGUAAUAAAUUUUAUUACUUCUAGAUUUUGAAAAUUUAGCCAUCCCUCAUGCGCCCAUCAUUCAAACGUGUUUGCACCUGACACCGGCUCAAAUUAUUUUUGUUCGGAAAACUUGGCAACACGCCAGGAAUCAGGGAGCCCUCGAGCCAGCCAUCAGCAUCUUCAGGUUAUUAAUUGUUGAACUUCAACUAUAAUCCUUUCUUUCCAGAAAUUCCUUCUUCAAGCAUCCAGAAAUCCGACAAAUGAUCAUGCACGGGACCAAAAAUUCGGGACACGAACGGCUCAAGGUAAAAAUAAAUCUUUGUUUACCUAUUGAAAAAAUUAUUUUUGAAAUUUUUCUGUAUCGUUUUCAAACCUGAGCUCCAGGCAAAAUUUUAUAAACUUGUCUUUGCAAUUUUUGAAAUUUGUUCUCUAGUACACUCCUGCUUUUUCGUCGAAAGAAAGUAGUUUUCAACUUUUUUGAAGUCAACAUUAUGAAAACGCUGAGAGCACUUGAGUUGUCACUACAACGAUUUUCUUGAUUUUUCAUUGUUUCUCGUCUUUUUUAAUGGUUUUGUUUUUAUUUUGAACAAUUCCUACCAAUGCCUUAUUUGCGAUCUCAUUCUUGGUUUGUGCAAAUUCCGAAAAAAAUGCUCCCGACUUGAACCGGUUUUUGACUUGAACUUCGAUUCCAAUGUUAUUAUUUUAUUCAUAAUCAAAGAUUUCAGAGACACGCUCAAUUGUUCACUACAAUGAUGGACGAUUUAAUCGCCGGAUUGGAUUCGCCAACGGCGACUGUCGCUGCCUUAAGAGAAGCCGGCGAGAAACAUGUCUGGCCAAGUCGGGAUCAAUGUUUGUUUUAUUCAGAAAAAAAGAAAAAUUAUGAAAAAGUAGGAAACGCGUUUUUUAUGAGAAAAAUUGCAGGAAAACUUGGAGAGAGUUCCGAAUUCAUACCUUUUCAUAGUCCAAGUGCUAGUCUAUAAAUUAGAAGCAGACUCUUUAAUUACAAGCCCCUUGAUCGUUGAUUUUUCGAACAAUUUUCACAUCUUAUGUCAAUGAACUUAUAAUAGAUCCAAUCCAUUUCACAAAUCUUCAUUCCCAGUUUUAGUUAUGGAAGUUUCAUGGAUCACCUAAAAUUUUACUCCUUCAAGUCCUUCUGGCCCCUCGGGCCGUUCAAAAAUUGCGUAUGGAACUCGUGUUUCAGAGUCCAUCGCGGGCAAUUGGGAAAAGUUUUCAACCAGCAAUAAACGCACCUCGGCAGAGCCUCAUUGGUCACGUUAUCGCCCCAGCGCAAAGCUAAAGAGGUCAGCACGAGAGAAAGACCACCUGAAAUGGUGCGACCGACGCGUAGUGGCUUCCGCGAGCGUCCAUCUUUUAGCAUAUGACUGGUGUUUCGAACGGAGGACAAAUUACUUCGUUUGUAAAAAAUGUUCACAGAUAGCAAAAUUUAACUUUCUUAAGCCUCCAUUUUCCUUGCAAUAGGUUCAGUUUGGAAAAAACUUUCCAAAACCUAAUGUAAAGCUAUCAAGGUUAAUGAAGUAUCUAUAAAACAAUUUUCUCCUUGAUUUUCGUCUUCUGAUUAUAAAAGGUUGAUAACUUUUCAAAAAUGCAAAGUGAUUGAGAAAAAUGGUUUUUUAAUUUCCGAAAUUUUUUACUGAAUCCAAUUUUCCCUCUUUUAAAUUAAAUCAAAAGAAUAUUGAAUAACGUUUUUGAUCCGAUGAAACAAUAUCGCUUGUUUCACUUCAAACAUCUUUCCAACAUAUAAUAAGACGUCCAAUUGCAAAAGAUGCACGCUCGCGGAAGCCACUACGCGUCGGUCGCACCAUUUCAGGUGGUCUUUCUCUCGUGCUGACCUCUUUAGCUUUGCGCUGGGGCGAUAACGUGACCAAUGAGGCUCUGCCGAGGUGCGUUUAUUGCUGGUUGAAAACUUUUCCCAAUUGCCCGCGAUGGACUCUGAAACACGAGUUCCAUACGCAAUUUUUGAACGGCCCGAGGGGCCAGAAGGACUUGAAGUGGAUGAUUCACAGUGAAAAACAUACAGAAAUUAUUAUAAUCUGGAAAUUAGACAAGUAUUUCUGACUAUUCGGGAAAAUUUUGUAGUGGCCACUAAAGAUUUUUGACUUUUUGAAGCUACUAUCAUAGGCAAAGUCCCCUCGGAGGGUCCUCAAAGGGUGCUGGAAGGCUCCAUAGAAAUGUUCCUUUCAGGGUGACGAAGGCUCCCUUUUUGCUGCCUUUCUGCACCCUUUUUCUGCCUUUAUGCACCCGUUUCGCACCGAGUAUAGUAGUCAAAUUAGUGACCAUUUGAGGGGGUAGAAAUUAGUGCCGACGUUAGGACUCGGAAGUUUUAGUGGCCACUAUAGUAGUUGAUACUAAUAUGAGUAAAAAUUAGUGGCCUGUCUAGAACUUCCCAAAAUAUUAUUUAUUUUGUAGAUCAUUUUCUUUGUUAGAAGAGAACAAUUUACGAGGUUUAGUCAAUGAUUUUUCAAAAACUUUUUUACUUUGUAGAUCAUUUUAUCUGUUUUUUUACUCCUAUUACCUUCCAGACGGUUGUCCAUUCCGAGCUUCGCUUCUCGACCAAUUUGCCACCGCUAUGAUCGAAAGGACGUUGGAAUGGGGCGAGAAAAAGGACCGAACUGAAGUAAAUCUCAUAAAUCGCCAAUUUAAUAAACUAUCAAACUUUUAGGCCACUCAAACCGGCUGGACAAAAAUCGUGCUCUUCGUCGUGGAACAGUUGAAGGAAGGUUUCCAGGAUGAACAGAAACGGCAACGGCGUAUGAGGGCCAAAAAUAUUGGGGUUAGUCCACUUCACAGAAAUCAUCACAAAAGAAAAUUACAGGGAUGUUUAUUUUUAAAUAUAAUUUAUUUUCUAAUCUUUUGAAAACAUAACUGAGUCUUAAUCAGCCUCAAGAAGCUAAGAGAAAGUUAGGCAUUCCAUCCUAAAGUGACAACUUGAUAAUAACAAAAAAAUUGCUUGAGAAAAAUAUCGUCGAAGAUUCCAAAAAAACUUAACAUGCUAGUUUAGAAGUUUUAACUCUUAAAAAUUUCAAUUCUUAUUACUUUUUUUUAAACUUCUUGCGUGUAGAAAUUUUCAAAUUGUAUUUCUCCGCGCACGUUUUUUUAUUGGGGCGCAUUUUCCCGCUUUUGCAAAAACUACAAGUCGUGAAACGGCGGGUUCAACGGAAAACUGAGCCUAAUUUAAAACGCAAAAAGUUCAAUAUCGCCUUAAAGUUGCUCCAUAAACUUUUUUUAAGAAAUAAACAUUUGCUAUUUUUUUAAAAAUUACAGCCCAUAUCUAUUCUUUUGAAGAGCAUAUCAUAGUUCAGAAGUUUCGAACCAUUUUCGCGGACUAAACUUUUCAAGCGCUUACUAUUGCUCAUUUUCUCAAAACUUCCAGAACCGAAAUGACUACACCUCGUUCUCUGACGUCACAGCUUCUCCUCUAGUGACGUCAGGUGUCGGCGAGAUCAAACGUUACAAUACUGUUGACAAUUUGUGA